GAACUGUCAAAUCGAGGAACGUUGUUUGUAUACGAAAUUUUUAUCAGUUUUCAGCCUCAUCUACGAUCUGGGGACUUCUAGCAAGUGUAUAAGAUCAGGAUGAAUCGAACAAUGGAUGAAAAGGAAGAGUUAGUGAAGAAGUCCUUAUUUAGUUUUGUGAGAAAGGAAGUGCCUACUGCUCAAUUGAGUUUAAUAGAUGAUAUUGUUCUCAGUUAUGUGGUGAGUAUGGUAGAAGAAAAUGCACUUGAGGAAGACUUGGAUGUUGAUGGAUUGUGUGAAAUGGUUUCUGCUUGUCUGCCUGAGUUUUCAACAAUCGAAAAGGAAGCAGUAUCCAAAUGGUUAUUGGACAUUGAAAGUAAAUUACGAGAAGAAAGUAAAGAGAAUGAAAAUUGCCAGCCCCAUGAUCCUUUAAGUCAUAUUAGCUUAACUGCCCUGUUACCUCCGGGUACACAAAGAAUGAGAGUUCAUCAUCUUUCUGAAACAAGUGAUGCUGGAAGUGAUUCUAGCGGAGAAUACUUCUCAGAAGAAUCAUCUUGGCAUCAAGUAGCACUUUUGCAAGAAAUGUUUCCAGCAGCAAGUUCGGCAGAGGCCAGACAUUGCUUAGCGGUUGCUGGUGGUGAUAUAGCAAAAGCAGCUCAACUUGCACUUCAUCGACAGGAAGCAGGACAGAGCAUUGUCAGUAAUCUAACAUUUUUAACACCGAACGGUCGCAACAAGGCCAGAGUGAACGACGAGGAACUGAAAUCACGUAUCAUUGCACGGUAUAGCUACGUCGAUAGAGAUGAUGAUUCACGUGAGCACCGUCCAGUUGCUCCGAAAACGGAACCAAAAAAGUUAGUGCGUUAUCUUGAUAACAAGAUCGUGAGCGUAAAAGGUGAACGCUAUACCGAAGUGAGAAGAGGUGGCGAAGAGGAAGACGGCAACGAAGGUGGCAGGAAACGAGGCCAUUGUCGGCCGUAACCAGUCCCUUUGCCUCCACCCCCCGAUCCACCCCCUUGGAGGCAUCUGAUUCAAGAUAAAGCUUUCACUUAGAUUCUCUUCUUGCUUAUAGAGGAAUACGGACAGGGUGUUGAAUUUUUACGUAUACAGCAUUACUUUUUUUGUUCCUCUCCAGUUAAAUUCAUUUCAUCCAGUCACUAUUAUCAAUUUUAAGGAUAUUCCUUUUUUUUAAAGCGUGAUAUUAUAUUUAUGUGAUCCGAUGCAAGAGAUACGUAGCACUCGAAAUCACAAAUGCACAGCGUGUGCCGUUUACAAUAUGGAAUCAUCAAAAUUUGUUUUAACGACGGUACAGUUGCGAACAUUACUAUUACAUCGCAGUAUAAGUACCUGUUAACGUAUACUAUUUAGUUUACGAUCGAAUAAUGUUUUGUUUUCUAUCGAGCGUACAAUGGUCACAAAAUAAAUGUAUCCGUUGUUUGGAUAAUUUGUCGAUGACAAAAUUGUAAUUUAUCAUUUGGACAAUUGCACAGGGCAAUUUAUUU